UACAAAAGACAUUACAAGAAUUUGGAUUAGGUAUUGAUACGAUAAAUUAUAUAUGUGGACCGCGACCAUCAAUUCCCACUGAAACAGUAUGUGCACGAUGGGUUGAUUUACAAAAAGCUAUACAAACACUAUUGGAUGUUAAGAAAGCAGUUGAAAAGGCUGAUCACGAACUGAAAGCCAAAAAAGCAUUACUUCAAAAGAUAAAGCAAAAUGGGUUGGGAAAUGCAUCCAAGUCAACAAAUGUUGGUGACGCUGGAGGAAAACAAUCAGAUGUUGCAACUAGUGUUACCGAUGGUGGCGGCGGUGACGAGAGUAGUGUUGUCCCG